CCUCUGAUGCUCCCAGUCUGGAAUGCUUGGUGUCAGUUGAAAAUGCCAACACCUUACUCGUGAAAUGGGAUGACAACUUUAAGUAGCAGAUGCUGGCCUGUACCUUAUGAAGAUGCCCCUGGAAGACUUCCACUUUAAUUCAGGAAAAGAGGAAAUAAUGAUAAUGAUAUAAAGCCUUAAAGAACAUCGAGAAAAGGAGGAAAAGUGAAGAAAAAGAUGAAGGAGGGAGGAAAAAAAGAAGAAUGCUGCAUGCGGAGGAGGAGAAAAGCAGGAAAACAUCCAGUCAGAAGAGCCGCAACAGUUUUAUGGAUGAAAAAAACAGAAAGGGGAGAGAAGCAGAAGGAAGUGAUCAGGAGAAGGCCUUUCCCCAGAAACCAGAUGUAUGUAACAUCAAGGACUACAAUUUUUAUGCUGUCAUUGGACAGGGAGGAUUCGGAAAAGUAUUGCUGGCUAGACUACGUGGCAAGAAAAGAUCCGUUGCCAUGAAAACCGUAAAGAAAACAUCCAUGUCAUCGAUCAUGAGCAUCAAGAAGGAGGCCCGUGUGAUGAGGAUUGCUAAAACAAAUCCAUUCAUGGUCAACACCAAAGCAUUUUUUCAGUCACAGAGCCAUGCCUUCUUUGUGAUGGAAUUAGCCCUUGGAAGAAGCCUUGAAGAUGAAAUCAGAGACUGGAGAAGAUUUGAGAUGCCCAGAGUAGUGUUCCACGCAGCAGAGAUCAUUUGCGGACUGCAGUUUCUUCAUUCAAAAGGAAUUAUUCAUCGAGAUCUCAAACCAGGCAACAUUCUUCUGGACAAACAAGGUCAUGUCAAAAUCGCUGAUUUUGGACUUGCAGUGGACGACAUCUUCGGAGACCAAACCAUCGUUGGAUAUGCAGGGACGCCUGGAUACAUGGCCCCAGAGAUCCUGCUGAAGAAGGAAUACAAUGCCGGGGUGGACUGGUGGUCCACUGGAAUUGUCAUCAGUGAAAUGGCCAUAGGCAGAUCCCCAUUUUACAGUGGCAAUGAUAAGAAGAAGAUUUGGCAUUCCACCAUCCGUGAAAAGCUUGAACUCCCAGACUGGCUGAGCGCAGAAAUGUCAGAUCUCAUUCGAAAGCUCCUGAAGAAAGAUCCUGCCAAACGUCUGGGUGUUAAUGGAAACAUCCGAGAGCACCCUGUUUUUUCAACAAUUAACUGGGAGGAGCUGGAAAACAAGCGAGUAGCACCACCUUUCAAGCUUACAAGACCUUCAACGGCCCAUUAUAAACCUCUGGAUGUAUCAUCAUGUUCGUUCUUACUGUCCUGAACGGCAACACCUCAUCAGGAUACUGAUACCAUCUACUGGACAUCUGCGUGAGGAUCAACCACCAUCUACAGCAAAUGCCUGGCCAUCGAUUCCAGUACCACAAAGUCUCUUCGGCACUUCCAUAUCCUUUAAAAAAAUAUGCUAAAACCAAAGGGGUAUAAUAUGCCGACUGGCUUGGGGGUGUAUAGAAACAGCAGUGGAUUUAAAUGAUAAUCCCACUUCCCUAAAUUGAGCACCCAACAAACAAAUAUAAGAAAACAAAAUAAGGCUAUACAGUAGGUAACAAAAUAAAUACAUCAAAUGGGGGUGUCCCUAUACCCUCUUUAACUUAUGGGGUCUUGCCUUGACCCUCCUUCCUUUGCUCCAUGUGCAGUGCAGUGGGGGAUAAAUAUAAUUGCUGGGGUCCCUGGGAGGGUGGGUCCCUGUCUGAGGGUAUUUGGUGCUCAACCAAAGGGGUAUACUAUGCCGGCUGGCUUGGGGUGUAUAAACAGCAGUGGAUUUAAAUGAUUACCCAGCCCCUUAGAUUGAGCACCAUAUUCCCUUUCACAGGGUAGGGGUUGGGAUUUUCCCAGGGACCCCAGCAAUAAUAUUUACAUAUUGUGUAAUGGAAGAUACAUACAAGGUAAGCGAAGGGGGGUCGGGUAUACAUUAAGAAAAAAAAUAAACAAAAAACAGACUCAGUUAAAAUAAAAUGUGUUAAAGAAUUUAUUCUGCAACAGACUUUUUUAAAAAUAUUCAUUGUACAAAAUAUCACGCCAACAUAGAUAACUAACAAUGAAUUAAUACCAAAGUUUCAAAAAGAAGCCGAAAUCAGAUUUGCAAAAUACAAUAGAGAAAACACAUACAAAAUUAAAUUUUACCUCUUAUAGGAGGAGCAGUCAAAUCUUGUACUGCCUGGACAGGCAGCAACAAACAACUGCAAUGUUUUUACUCUGGUGCCAAGCUGUUGUGAUCCACUUGUUUGGUGAAAUCGAACACCAGCAACUAGAACUAUUUAAAAACAGGAAACAACAUAAGUAACAUAAUAAAUAACAUAAUAUAUAAAGGGAAAACAAAAUUAGGAUAUAGGUAACAAAAGAGAUACAUCAAAUGCGGGAGUCCCUAUACCCUCUUCUAACUAAUGGGGUCAUGCCUUGACCCUCCUUCCUUUGCUCCAUGUGCAGUGGGGAAGGGGAUAAAUACAAUUGCUGGGUUCCCUGGGAGGGUGGGUCCCUGUCUGAGGGUAUUUGGUGUUCAACCAAAGGGGUAUACUAUGCCGGCUGGCUUGAGGGAGUGUAUAAACAGCAGUGGAUUUAAAUCAUUACCCAACCCCUUAGAUUGAACACCCUAUUCCCUUUCACAGGGUAGGGUUUGGGAUUUUCCCAGGGACCCCAGCAAUUAUAACAUUUACAUAUUGUGUAUACAUAAAAAAACUGCAUUUACAUGUGUUAAAGAAUUUAUUCUGCAACAAAAAAAAUUUAAAAUAUUAAUUGUACAAAAUAUCACUCCAACAUAGAUAAGAAGCCAAGAUUUGUUAAAACAUUAAUACCAAAGCUUUCACAAAGAAGCCACAUCAGAUUUGCAAAAUACAAUAGAGAAAACACAUCAAAAUGUAAUUUUACCUCCGAUAGGACGAGCUGUCAAAUUUUGCACUACCUGGACAGGCAGCAACAAACAACUGCAAAGUUUUGACUCUGGUGCCAAGCUGUAGGAUGGUUUAGGGCACCCACCAUUUCAGAAAGCCAAACUCUACUUUUUCACCGUUUGGCAGGUUAUAAAUUUAGCAACAAUUAAAAGCUAAAAUCUUCUCACACUGGAAACUAGCAUAAUGAUCUAAGAGGCUUCAUUUCAAGCCUCUAAUAUUAUAAUUAAAUGCAUAGAAAAAUAUAUAUAAAAACGCAUAAUUUCAUACAAAAUGUUCCAUUUUCAUGGAAACCAUAUGUGAGUGGUCAUUAUUUAAUGGGUACAACUUAAAAUGUCUAUAUAGGAAUGUUGUUUUGCACAAACGAAGCCUAGAGCAUGAGGAUGAACCACCAUCUACUGCAAAUACCUGGCCAUCUGUUCCAAUACCACAAAGGCUCUUCUCCACUUCCAUAUAUAUAGAAACACCAGUGGAUUUAAAUGAUAAUAAUCCCAAAUCCCUACAAACAAAAAUAAGAAAACAAAAUAAGGAUACAGGUAACAAAAUAAAAACAUCAAAUUGGGGUGUCCUUAUACCCUCUUCUAACUAAUAGGGUCAUGCCUUGACCCUAAUUCCUUUGCUCCAUGUACAGUGGGGCAGGGGAUAAAUAUAAUUGCUGGGGUCCCUGGGUGGGUGGGUCUCUGUCUGAGGGUAUUUGGUGUUCAACCAAAGGGGUAUAUUAUGCCGGCUGGCUUGGGGGGUGUAUAAACAACAGUGGAUUUCAAUGAUUACCCAACCCCUUACUUUGAACACCCUAUUCCCUUUCACAGGGUAGGGGUUCGGUUUUUCCUGGGGACCCCAGCAAUUAUAACAUUUACAUAUUGCGUAAUGUAAGAUACAUACAAGGUAAACGAAGGGGGGUCGGAUGUACAUAAAAAAAAACAGGCUUCAUUAACAUUAAAUGUGCUAAAGAAUUUAUUCUGCAACAGAAUUUUUUAAAAUAUUUAUUGUACAAAAUAUGGCAACAUAGAUAAUUAACAAUGAAUUAAUACAUUAAUACCAAAGCUUUCACAAAGAAAACACAUACAAAAUUGUUAUUUUACCUCCAGUAGGAGGAGCUGUCAAAUCUUGCACUGCCUGGACAGGCAGCAACAAACUACAAUGUUUUUUCUCUGGUGCCAAGCUGUAGGAUGGUUUAGGGCAUCCUCCAUUUCAGAAAGCCAAGCACACAGAUCUAUAUACAGAACUGUACACCCGUACAUAAAGUCUCAAACACUUUCACUGCCACCUGUGCAAUUCACCGUUGGCAUUCACAACUUUGGCAUGUAAAGAAAUGCUUUUAUUUCAUUGUAAGUAAAUACACUUGAAAUGAAAUGGUGACAACAUUUAGGAGGUUUCCUAAAUGUACAAAAAUUUGACUUAAAAGCAAAAGCCUCAGAAUAAUUAAGUUCUGUUCGGUAGCAAAUCUAGCAUAAGUAUUAGGAUUGACCUCAAACUUUACUUUGUCACCAUUUGGCAGGUUAUAAAAUUAGCAACAAUUAAAAGCUAGGUAUACAGUAUAAACAUGAGAGAAUUUGCAUGUUAUUAUUCAUGUUAAAUGAAUUUCAAAUGCUUGAUCCAGGGAAUGUUUCCGAUCGCCAUUGGGGUCGGGAAGG